AUGGAAUCUAGCCAAACCCAAGAGCAAAAUGUGCAAAAGAAAUAUGUCUCUCAAAGAAGAACUGUUGACAUGAGUUCACCUUUUAAUAAAUUAUAUUUCUAUAAGAAACAUGGUCUUCCAUUAGCAUUUGUCGAACCAGAGACUAGUUACGUUGCUAAUAUAAUGCCUCCAGAUGCUUAUCGAUAUGGGGAUAGAAUUAUUAAUGUCCCCAGUAAGUUUACCCAUUUAAGUUCGAAUAAAGUCAAGCAUGUUAUUCCUGUAAUCAAGUGGACUCCAGAAGGUAGAAGGUUAGUUGUUGCUACCUUUAGUGGAGAAUUCUCACUUUGGAAUGGUUCUUCUUUUAAUUUCGAGAGUAUUAUGCAAGCUCAUGACACUUCAGUUAUGGCGAUGACCUAUUCUCAUGCAGGAGAUUGGAUGAUUAGUGGUGAUGCUGAUGGUACCAUUAAGAUAUGGCAACCUAAUUUUAAUAUGGUGAAAGAGAUAGAUGGGGCACACACUGAAGGUAUUCGAGAUAUUGCUUUCAGCAAAAACGAUUCUAAAUUUGUCACUUGUGCUGAUGAUAACGUUUUAAAGAUUUGGAAUUUUAGCAACGGUCAGCAGGAAAGAGUUCUUUCAGGGCAUCAUUGGGAUGUUAAGAGUUGUGAUUGGCAUCCUGAAAUGGGUCUUAUUGUUUCUGCAUCGAAGGAUAACUUGAUCAGAUUGUGGGACCCUAGAUCUGGUCAAUGUAUCUCAUCAUUAUUGAAUUUCAAACAUACUGUUUUAAAAACAAGAUUCCAGCCUACUAAAGGUAAUCUUCUAACAGCAAUUUCUAAGGACAAGUCGUGUCGUGUAUUUGAUAUAAGACAUAGCAUGCGAGAAUUGAUGGUUUAUAGAGAUGAAGUGGAUUACAUGACAUUGGAAUGGCAUCCAACCAACGAAACGAUGUUUACAGUUGCUUCAUAUGACGGUUCGUUGAAGCACUUUGAUAUUUUACAAGAUCUAGAGAAGCCAACACAUGUAGUACCCUAUGCACAUGAUAAAUGUAUAACGUCAUUAUCAUAUAACCCUGUAGGACACAUUUUAGCAAGUGCAGCUAAGGAUAGAACCAUAAGAUUUUGGACAAGAGCAAGACCUGUUGAUCCUAAUGCAUACGAUGAUCCGACUUACAAUAACAAGAAGAUCAAUGGUUGGUAUUUUGGUAUAAACAAUUGUAUUAACGCUGUCAGAGAAAAGAGUGAAUUUGGAGCUGCACCACCGCCUGGAGAAGGUGGAGCAGACACCACUAGUGGCAUAUCUAAUGUAUCUAGUUUUAACAACCCUAUUGAGAGCAGUUUACCAGGAGUAGGUCCAACGUCUAGCUUGCCUGGUUUAGGUAUAUAG